CCCCUUAUCUGGCCCAUAGCCGGGAAAGUGCAGCUCAAUUUGGAGGCGGUCAGGGCCAGAGCUGUUGGGCCCGCCCGUGAUGUGCCACGUGGUGUGAAGUAACUUCCUUUUCCUUUCUCCGUUCUUUUAUUUUCGGAUUAACGCCCGACAGCGCCUCAGCAUUCUGGCAUAGACUUGGUGCUGCGGCUGGGUUGCGCCCAGGAGCGUCCAGCCGGUUGGGAGCCAGCGGCCCCCGCGGCUGAGCGCAGCGCUACCCCAGCAGCCGGAGAGGACCCGCUACAGGACAGGCUCUGUGCAGGCUUCGCGCCGACUCAAUGCACUCACUGGGCGGCCCCCGAGGCAGUGGGUUGUGGUUCCGGUUCCGUUGCCAAGACACGUGAAGGUCGGCAAGGUGCUGAAUCCAUCUCGGCGAGUGUGGCGUGGUUGAGCUGGGAUGGAUUCCUCUUCCUUGUCCUCCGCGGCGGGUAUGGGUACAGUGGACCCCCAGUUGCAGCAUUUCAUCGAGGUGGAGACUCAGAAGCAGCGCUUCCAGCAGCUCGUGCACCAGAUGACCGAACUCUGUUGGAAGGUGACAGAGAGCCCUGCAAUGAAAAUUACAGAAUGCUGA